UGGAGGUAGGAGUUAGGAGUCAACUGAGAAAUCAAGCAUUUUGAGGAACCUUGAGACUUGGUGUCUGAUAGUAUAGAUAAAUAAGCCUUUCAUUUACAAUCUCAUCUCUCUCUCUCUCUCUCUCUCAUCACAGUAGUGGUGAUCGAGUAGUGAAUUAAUUAAUUGCCGAGCUAGCUAUAUAUGGAUUCAAGUUCACCAGCAGCCUCUGCAAGUGCAAGGGCCUCCUCCAGGCGUUGGAAGACAGCAUGUUCCAGCUUUGUAUUAGGUUGUUUACUUGCAAUCACACUUCAAGUCUUCUUCUUCUCUCCAAUAUCUCCAGACCCACUUGAACUGCCUCGACCCUCUUCUUCUGCUCCCUUUCUUCCCACAAACAGCCUCUUACAGAAAGUGACAAAACUUGGAGAAGGAUUUUUGAAGAACCCAGAAGACGUGUGUGUGGAUAAAGAGGGCAUCUUGUAUACGGCAACAAGAGAUGGUUGGAUCAAAAGAUUGCACAGAAAUGAAAGCAAGUGGGAGGAUUGGAGGUUUAUUGAGGACACCGACACUAUACUUGGAAUCACAGUAACAGCAGCAGGCACUCUCAUUGUAUGCGACACUGAGAAGGGUUUGCUUGAGGUUGGUGAAGAUGGUGUAACUGUUCUUGCAUCACAUGUUAAUGGCACCAAAAUAAGGUUUGCAGAUGAUGUAAUUGAAGCAUCAGAUGGUAAUUUGUACUUCAGUGUUGCAAGCACCAAAUUUGGCCUUCACGAUUGGUACCUAGAUGUGCUUGAGGCAAAACCUCAUGGGCAACUUCUCAAAUAUGAUCCCUCAUUGAAUAUGACAUCGAUAGUGAUUGAUGGUCUUUGUUUUGCAAAUGGUGUUGCACUGUCUACAGACGAAGAUUUUUUGGUGGUCUGCGAAACUUGGAAAUUUAGGUGCCUAAAGCAUUGGCUGAAUGGGGAACACAAAGGAAAAACUGAGAUUUUUAUAGAUAACCUUCCUGGUGGACCUGAUAACAUUAAUGUUGCUCCUGAUGGAUCAUUUUGGAUCGCUCUGUUAGAGUUAACCUCUAGCGGGUUCGAGUUUGUUCACACUUCCAAGGCAUCCAAACAUGUGCUAGCAACAUUUCCGAAAUUGCUCAAGCGAAUCCCAGGCAUGCAUAAGAAAGCAAUGGUGGUAAAUGUGGCUACUAAUGGGAAGAUAAUCAGAAAUUUCGGUGAUCCUAAAGGAGAAGUGAUGUCCUUUGUGACAUCAGCUGUAGAGUUUGAGGACCAUCUCUACCUAGGAAGUUUGAAUUCCAACUUCAUCGGAAAAUUGCCAUUGAAUGCUAUUGCAUAGUACUCUCUGUCUACCUUUCAAUGACCAAGUAGGAAGAAUAAGAUGAAAUACACAUGAAUAAGGGUUUUGUGUAAUGUGUUUUAGAAAAUGCAUGUUUAGCAUAUUUAUGGACCAUUACAUAUGAGAAACACACUACUGGUAUCUCUGUUCCAUGAAUCAUAAUGUGAAGAGUUCUUAAUCUAA